AAAGUAAAUACUAUCAUCUAGUCAUUCGCACGAGUUGAUACCUACUGUGUACCUGUGUAGUAAUAACAAUACAUACUGUAUACUAUUUAUAGCUUGAGUUCAUAUAUUUGUUUUAUUUUUUAAAAAUAUCUGUGAUUAUUAUUUUUAAAAUGCAUAGUUGGACAACAAUUAUUGCCCUUGUGGUAGUAUUCAUAUUUGCCGUCGAGUUUCGACCAUUAGAUUACUUUAUGACUACGUAUCUCACCAGUCCACGAUUAAACAUUACUCUAUCUCAGGCAACAGAUGAAUUGGCACAUCUUCGUGACUAUUCCAACAUCUUGUCUAUUUUAGUAAUAACGAUUAUCACCGAUUAUUUACUCUAUAAACCGGUUUUGCUAUUCAACGUCUUCUGUGGAAUACUUUUCUAUGUCAAUCUUGUGAUGUUACCUAAUUUUAUUCGACUAAAAGUUUUCGAGCUAUUUGGAGCAUUUUUCAUACCUCAUGAAGUAGUAUAUUUAAGUUACUUAUUUGCAAGAGUCCACGAUAAGAGAUAUUACCAAGCCACAUCAGGAUUAGCAAGAACCGCUAUGUUAUUAGGCAAAUUUUGUUCAUCAGUAUUUGCUCAGACUUUGCUUUUUACUCGAGGAAAAUCUUAUGUUAAAGACCUACCCUGUUUCACAUUAGGAAGUGUAGUGUUUGCAUUCGUUUGGGCAUCAUUUUUACCACCAGUAAGACGAAGAAAUUACAAAGAUGAUGUUAUUGCAAAGCUCAUGGUAAAUAAUAAUAAUGAACAAUCUACAACGAUGAAUGAAAAACUUCAGCCAUCAUCUAAAUCUAUUUCAAGACAGAUGUGGAAGAACUUAAAUGAAUCUUAUAAAAACUUGAUUGUAUUAAAAUGGUCCAUUUGGUAUUGCUUGGGCUUAGUUGGCUAUAUGAUAAUAAAUAUGUCAUUCCUAAGUCAUGAGUUUGGUGAAAAUGAGCAAGUUAAUGGAGUAGUAGAAUCUUUGACCAUGUUAAUUGGAGCAGUUAGUUCAUACAAAAUUGGCGUAAGACGAGUGAAUUGGGAAUUAAAAUGUAAUGCGUUCAUAGGAUCUGGGACAUUGAUUCUUGGUAUGUGCGUAAUAUUUUGUUACUUUCACCAACAAAUGUUAUCUGUUCAGCUAUCGUACAUAUUAUUUGGAUCACUAAUUCAAGCUAUGUUUGUUAUAUCAUGGUCUGAAAUUGCAAAACAGCUGAAAAAUAAAUGUUAUGCACUCAUAAUGUGUUUUAACACUUUCAUAUCUUUAGUAGUUUUAUUGUGCUAUAAAGAACUUUUCAUUCGUGGUAAUAUCUUCCAGAUUAAUAUCCCUGAACAGGUUCUUUUGUUCGGUAGCACAUAUAUCAUCAUAGGGAUAAUUUACUUGAUACCUUGUGGUAUAGAAUUUAAGAGAAGUCUGGAAAAUAGUUGUUCUGUAUACGACGUUUCCUACUGAAUAAAGAAAUCAUACAAUAUUUACUUUUACACAUGAUCCGGAUUAAGACUAAAAUUAAAUUCCUUAAAUAAUAAAACGUUUACUAUUAUAUAAAUUACUUUUAUUUAGAUCUCACUACCAAUCUUAAGAUAUAUUUGGUUUUUUACGAGAAAACUUACUUUUACAAAUUAUGAAAUA